GUGGGAAGGUUCCCUGUCGGUCGCAGUCCUCGGCCUCUCUCGCCGUCGACUGUUCUCUCGCCCAUGACCUGAAUGUUUCUACAUCAACUAGACCUCACCACUGCCCUGCGCCCCUCGCUCUUGCCGGAGGAGACGCUGCUGUUUGUGCAAGAUGCUGUAGGCCUGUAUGAAGGAAAAUACAAGAUCCCCCAGUACCAGAAUGGCCAGGCGUACCUCACUUCUCACCGUGCAUGCUAUGUCGAUAAUAAUGAGCCGCGAAAGUGCUCCGUGGCCAUUAACUUGAAGGAUGUCGAGCGCCCAGAGUUCUACGCUGGUUUCCUCAAGUCCUCCGCAAAGAUUACGCUCUGGCCAAAACCGCUUAAACGACUCUCCCUCUCCGCACGCACGCCUCCAGCACCGGCAGGCAUAACCUAUAGUCCCAGCUCGACCACCCCUGAGAGAUAUGGCAGCCCCUUGCGCUCGCUGGCACCCUCUCCAGCACCCCCGCCGGCUGCUAGUGCAACGUGGAUAUGCCCGAUAUGCUCCUUUUCAAAUCCAGUCCCCUCCAACUUCGAUCCCGCAACUGCGAAUGCGCAUACUCCCCUACCUCCCUGCUUGGCGUGUGGCAUAAAGCCACCAUUGGUGCACGUGGUAAAGGCAGCAAUAAGUGCGAUGACAAACCGGCAGAGCUCUCCCCUUCCUCCUGUUCCUCUGCCAAGCAACAACACAUUCGGGAGACUGUCCUCCACAACGAGUCCUGCCAAUGCAAAUUUUGGAUCGUCGGGGUCAAACUCCUUCUCAUGUCCCAGGUGCACAUUUCAAAAUCAUCCAUCUUUGCUUACAUGCGAGAUGUGCGGGGCGUCGCUAUUGUCUGCCGCAGAUAAGCGUCUCGAGAUGGCUAAGAGCAUGGGCAGGUCCGAAUCACCCGGCCCCUCCCUCAACAACUCGCCUCUUCAACAAGAAACCGUCGAAUGCAUCAAGUUCUCUUUCCGUGCGGGUGGGGAGAAGAUCUUCUACGAGCGUCUCAAGAAUGCCUUAGUGCAGCGGAAGUGGCUUCUGCAGAGCGCCCCACCAAUUCCCAAACCUCGACCUUCGUCCGGCGCUUUCGACGACGGAUAUGCAUCCGCGCUGGAUCAGGAUUCUGACCGCAACAAGGUUGUCGGCAUUGCGGGCUUGGAACGACGCGGCAUUGAGCAGAGGAGGAACAAUGAGGCAGUGAUUGGAGGCGCCUUUGAAGAUCUCGAGGCGCUCAUGACAUCGGCCAAAGAAAUCAUUGCUCUCGCAGAACAGUUUGCCUCACAAGCUAAUUUAGGCACGAAUGGUAGUUCUGAAGCAAGCGCUCUGGUAUCGCAGUCCGCUUCAGCACUUGGCUUAGUCACCACGAAGGAUAUGCUUGGAUCGGGCUCGGGCUCAGAGUCGCUCUACGUAUCGGAGCUCUCUAGGAAUCUAGCAGAGUGGUUGACUGAUGAUACACGGGGUAUUCUCAAGAAAGAGGGGGGCAUCGUGACUUUGGUCGAUCUCUGGGCUGUGUUCAAUCGGGCAAGGGGUGGCGUGGAAUUGGUCAGUCCGACGGACUUCGAAAAGGCUGCGCGGAUGUGGGAUAAGCUCAAGCUUCCGGUGAGGCUGAGACAAUUCAAGAGUGGGCUGCUUGUUGUCCAAGGACGUGACCGAACGGAUGACAAGACGAUUACUAGUCUUGUUGCCUGGCUACGAGAACUACAUGAUGAAGCUCCGGUAACUGAUGUGCCGUGGGACUGGCGAAUAUACGGUCGUGGUGUCACAGCUCAAGAGACAGCAGAGAAGUUUGGCUGGAGUGUUGGCGUGGCGACUGAGGAGCUUGAAAUGGCAGAGGAAAGCGGCGCUCUUUGUCGCGAGCAAGGACUUGAUGGAUUAAGGUUCUGGGAGAAUUGGCUUGUGUCGACGCCUACUUUAUCGACAAGAUAGAUCUUACGAUGUGCAUGAUCGACAUAAUAGAUACGAGGUAUAUACGUGAACGAAUUAUCACUCGGCCUCGGCCCCUUAGAUCCGCGACUAUUCAUCCUUCGCCAACAUGCACAGCCAAUUAUCUUUCCUAGGGCCUGGUAGUUGUUAGCUCCCGGCCAUGCCAUCUUGAGAUGAAAUUUCGG